AUAGGUGUUAAUUUGAAAAAGUAACUUGGACCUUUCAUGUUGGAUAUUAGGAGAACCUGUGUUCUGGCGGCAGUUUGUCCAUUAACGGUAUAAAAGGAUGUUUUCAAGGUUGUUCCGCAGUUCUGCUAUAGAGACUACUAAUGUUAGCUGAUGUAAUCCGAAAUGAUGACCAUAAACAAUUGGACAAGUUUCUUAAUCAAUCUAUCUCAACUCCCCAACUUCGUGAGAUAGCAUAUAGUUGUGUCGUCAAUAGCAGCUAUAACUGUUUCAGGCGUAUCUUAGAGCAUCCACAAUUUGGUUUGUACGAACCUUUUGACGCGGAUGGGUGUUAUCUUCCAAUUCUGCAUCAUGCUAUCCGCUUGGGAAAUCUUCAAGUGUGCAAGUUACUCGUUGAAUAUCGUGUGAAUCCAUUAGUCUGUACUGGUCAGUGUUUUCAGCAGAAUGCUUCAGAUUUUACCUGUGAAGAUGCUGUACGGUUUGCCUUCCGUUAUGUUUCGAGUUCAAAUCAUCGAAAUACUAUAGCUCUUCUAUUGCAAACCACUUUAUGUACACUAGUUACCAAUUUGGUAGAAGCUUGUAAAAGAGGUGAUGUUGAAUUGAUUGAAAGCUUGUUACCAUCAGAAUUACGAAUUCAUUGUGCUAUCAAAAAUUUUGCUUGUAGAGUAUUUAAUCUGACGAAUUCUUCAUUGAAUCCUGCACCAUCGAAUACUUACUCUUCAUCCAAUAGUAAUACUGAUAAUCAUAAAAUUAUUCAACAGCCAUUAGGUACUUUAUUAUUGAAAAGGUUGAAAAGUUUAGGAUUCAGUGGACUUGCGUUGACCGAUUCGUCAUCCAGUCGAGAACAACAGCGACAAAGUGAAUCAGAUUUUUUGUUAUCUGGGGAUAUUUUGCAAUCGACUACUGAUGCUGAACCAACUUUUUGUCAUUUAUUACCAUUAAAUGAUCUUUUGGAAUGGAUCAGAAGUCAACUAAAACCUCUUUUACUGAUUUGUGUGCAAAAUAAUUCUAUGCAAUGUCUUGUGAAGUUAUUACAAAUUGGUUUUCAAGUAAUCCCAGUCACUUCCUCCGUAUCUUCUACUCUCUGCUCAUCGUUAUCACAGUCGAAAACUCUAGAAUUAGAUGGUAACCAAGAAGGUAGUAGUGAUUACAGCAGUUUCGACUAUUCAUCUUCUGUUGGUAUGUUAAAAGUUUUAGUUGAAGAAUCCAGCUCUAUACGAAAGCAAAAAUUAUGGAUUGAAUCAGUGUGUUCAAAUGAAGAGAGUGCUAUUCAUGCUGCUAUACGUUUGGGUCGUAAAGAAGCUAUUGAAUUAAUAAUUCAGUGGGAUCCAGGUUCACUGAGUGUUGUUCUUCCUGGUACAGGAAUGGGAACUUUACCUAUUCAUAUUGCCUCUGCUUUUGAUCGUGUGGAGUGUUUAAAACCUUUAUUGAUAAGUAUGGAUAAACGCGUACUUGAUAUCGAGAGUCAUCAUAAUGGAAACUCUCACUUCCUAGUUGGUGAAAAUUGUUGUGCAUUAUUUUCUUGCAGGAUACACGGAUCACCAGCUUUGUACAAAUACUAUUAUUGUAUUGAUCAAUUUGACUGCAAUAACAUGACCGCUUUUUUGUUGGCCAUAAUUCACGGUCAUGUUAGAAUUGUACGUGAAUUGUUAACGUUUACAGUGAAAGCUAUGAAAAUAACCGUUUGUUUAAGGUCUAAUAGAGUCAGUACUGAUCAUGAAAAUAUCGAUGAAAAUGCUAAUCUAGUUAUAAAGAAGCCUACUUCAUUUGAUGACCAGCAUAGUUUACCUGAUAGUUGUACAAAUACAAUCUAUUCAGAUGUCUGUCCAAUUGAUAUAUAUCGAAAAAUUUCAGGGUGUUGGUAUUUUGGAACUUCAGUUGACGGUGAUAAUGAUGACAAUAAUGGUAACCAUUCCGCAUCAGUCAUCUACAGUCGACCUAUGAUAAUUAUUAACCCCCGAUGUCAUCAAAGCUUAGAAGGUUAUGCGAUAUGUGGAUAUUUUAAUGCUCUACAACUUUCUGUUAUGACUGGAAACUGUAAAUUGGUGUCAGUUGUGGUAGAUUAUCUUCGUCAGGAGGUUAAUACAUACUGUACAUCAUGUAUACAUGGCUAUUGUUACAUUCAAGAGGACUGUUCAUCCUCAUUGCCAUCAUCACCAGCAUUGUCAGCAUCCUCAUUUUCUGCACCUCAUCUGACUAAUUGGAAAACUUCAGUACAGUCGAUUAUUACAUCACCACUUGGCUUGGCUUGUUGUUUAGCUGAAGCCGAUGAAGUUAAAGCUGUCGAAAUCGCUUCGAUACUAUUAAAAGCCGGUGCAGUAGACGUGAACAAUCAAUUAUUUGUGUAUACAGUAAAGAAAUCACAUCAUAGACUAGCUGGGUUACUGUUAAGUUUUCAGACAUUGAAAUUUCAUCAACUGAAGGAAAAUACUGAAACGGCAGUGAGUAAAGUUCAGGAUGAAGAGGAGGAAGGGAAAGAGAAGAGAGAGGUUAUUGGACAUUUGAAUUUAUCUGAUAAACCACUACAACCGUCAGUAAUUCCAAACUCAUUUUGGUAUUUCAGUUCAAUUAUACCACUGUGGAUUAAAAUAAUCGAAGAGGUAUUCGGGUUAUGGACAACUGAAUCACUGACGUCGUCACCAGCAUCAUCAUUACUAAAGCUACAAUCUCUUGUUAUGAAAGAAAACAAUACUGACAUAUACACAAGCAUCAAUAAUUUAUUUACGUCAUUACCAUCUCCUUCUUUCAAGAUUAAUUAUGUGAACUACGUAUCAAGUCAGACGAUUACACGUAUCACAUUGUCGAAUUGUGGUUUACAAACCCUUCCAUGGUGUCUGUUUAGUUGUGUCAAAAAUCUAAAGGAAUUAGAUCUGAGUAAAAAUUCUAUCCAAAAGCUGCCCAAACAGCUGCCCAGUGUUCCACUUUCCUACCGAAGGUCUCAGUUGACUGGUUGUUGCUGGACGGACAGUCUUACUUAUUUGGAUUUAUCAGAGAAUCAUAUCGAGUACUUGCCUUCAUGGUUAUUUGUUAAUAAAACUCAUCCAUUCACAUCAUCAAAUGAAGCAAAGUUAUCAAAUGAGGAAGAAAAAUCCAGUAAUGAUAAUAAUGCAGCCUCUGGUUGUGGAAAUGAAUGGAGUUAUAAGAAUUCAGCUAAAAGUACUCAUUUCUAUAUUUCUCGUCGGCGACAUUAUUCAGAAAGUGAAAAUGAUACCAAUUCCUUUUCAAUAUAUCAUAAAAUAAUGGGAAAAGAUUCAUUUGCACCGAAUCUUUUGUAUUUAUUAUUAUCAAAAAAUAAAUUGCGUACACUACCCAGUGAAGUAUGGAAUGGUUCAGUUCUAUGCAAAUUGCAGUUUCUUGAUUUAAGUUGGAAUAAAAUUUCUUAUCUUCCUCUACCUCAUUUAUUGAAAACACAAUUUGAACGUUCCAAGCAGUUAUAUAAACAAUUAUCAAACAUGAAGAUACACCACUUCAACCAAAAUGAAAACAGGUAUUCUACACAGUUGACGAGCAAUACCGAUUGGUCUUUAGUUAUGAAUUCACAAAGAGUUUAUUCGUUACCAACUGAUCAAAUUUUAACUCCCGUUGCCAUUCUUCCGAGAUCCAUACAAAGUGAUCAUAUGGAUGGAAAAAGUGACAGGAAGAUGAAUAACUCUACUUUCGAAUGUGUUGGACAGCAAACAAGUCAUCUUACUCAUCUUUGGUUACACCAUAAUUGUCUAAAGUCGUUACAUUUAACCUCAUCUAAUCCUUCAAGUCGUGUCUCUGUAAAACGAUAUCCAACUAGUACACAUUCAUUCAAACAACAAGUAUUAUCUCUUGGUCAAAUCUGUCCAAAUCUUGUAUAUCUAGACGCUAGCUAUAAUUAUAUUGAGCAUUUUUACGACCUUUUUUUAUGCCCUAAAAAUAUAAUUCAUAUUGACUUAAGCUAUAAUCGUAUGAGAACAGAGGACAGAUUGAUGAAAAUGAACGCCAAUAACAAUGAUAAUGACAAUAAUCGGCAUAACUGCUAUAGACUGAAUGAUUCUGUUUCUUCACUUUCCUGUCGUUCUGUAACUCGGAUUUCAUUGUCGGCGAAUAAAUUAUUUUGUGACAACAAUAUACACAAUUUUGCAUCUUAUUUGGUACAUGAUUGGAAUUCUGACAAAACUAUAUUUCAUCAGUUCCUUAAACUAAAACAUCUUAAUUUGAGAGGCAAUCGAUUUCAUGUAUUUCCUUGUGACAAUCUAUCUCAUGUCGGGAGUGAAAUAAAGGUGUACAAUGUAUCUAAGUCAUCCUCUACUUCAUCAUCACCAACAUUGUCAUCUCAAUCAAUUGACACAUCUCAUUUACUAUUAACACAAAGGAAGCGUUUACUGUUUCCUAAUUUAAAAUCAUUAGAUUUAGGUGAAAAUCCCAAUUUACAACGUAUUUGCCCUGGAUUAGUGUAUUCAACUAAUUUACGAUAUCUUUCAUUACAUAAAUGUAUAUCACUGAUUGAGCUUCCAGGUGAUUUAUUCCGUCUGUCAAAUUUGAAUACCCUUCUGUUAAGUGAAACGCCGUUUAACGAAUAUCUAUCGCCUAUUUUACAUCCAACGUUGAAGUCAUUCAACCAGAAUACUGAUGAAUUUUCAGGUUUUCAUAAAAAUGCUUACACAAAACGUGUUGUAUCGCAUUUCAAAGUAGUAACAGAUCAAGCUUGUCCAUUCACGCGUUUUCGUCUAAUGGUUGUUGGUCCAACGGGUGUGGGGAAGACAACUUUGAUUCGUCUGUUGAAAGCAUCCGAAACAUUUGCUUCAUUUCAAAAUAAUUCUAAAGAACACUCAUUUAAAGCUGAUCAUAUCAAUCAGGCAACACCUUCGUCAGUGACAACUGGCAAUUUAUCAGAUCAUGCAUCAUCUUUAGUCCAGGUUACAAAUUUAGUGUUAAGUCGUACUGGCAAACCUCCUGAACCCGUUAGAUCUAAUAAGACAAAUGAAUGUUUUCAAGCGAUGAGUAGACAUAAUUCCUUUUGUGAAACAUUAGCAUUUGAUAUAUGGGAUGUGGUAGCCAAUCAGAAAGUAACAAACAGGGUAUUCAACAUUAGUGCCAGCGGAACCGAUCCCUUUCACACAUCCUCACGUUUGCCGCCUUCAGCUUCAAGUAACCUUGUGGAAGAAAAACAACACAAUCAUAAUAUCAGCAGCAAUGAUAAGACUAGACCUUAUCCCAACAUUAAUACAAUAUCAGCUGAUUUAGAUUAUCCCUCUGAGGUAUUGGUUAAUACACAAUUGGGUUUACACUGUGAAUUUACAGUUUAUUUAGUUCUCUGGUGUGUAUCUGAUGGUUUAUUGGGAUUGAAUAAGAUCACUCCAUGGUUAAUGAAAAUUCAGUCAAUUAGUCCAAAUAGCCCGAUCAUUCUAAUCGGUACACAUUCUGGCUUGGACUCCUAUUGUACCAAGAAUCUAGGUGAUAACAGUAGAAUUCCGUUUUCACAUUCAAACAUUACCAGAAGUGAUGGCAGCAACAACAAAACCAACAAUAAAGCAGCAAUUAUCAACAACCAUAAACUUCAUUUAACUCUUAUGGAUUGGCUUGUUCGCAGUCGAUUUUUUACAAAUCCUGAUUUAAACGCCUAUGGUCUACCACAUUUAUACGGUCAUAUAUUUCUUGACCUAAUGGAUGAUGUGAAGCGGAAUAAGAGUAGUGGUAAAGAUUAUGAAGCUUUAAUGAAUAAAAUUUAUGAUUUGGGUACACUAAUUCAUAGAGCUGCACAUAGUCAAAGUGUUUCAAACCGAACAGUUAACAGUUUAUUACCCGGUGUAUCAGUGAAUGCUAGUUCACACUUAUCACUUCUACAAUUACCAAUACCAAGACUUUAUCAUUGUGCAGAAAGGAUAACACAACAAUUAGCUACCGAAAUGCACUACGCUAAAAUACCCCCAAUCAUGAAGGUGAAUAAAUUCUUACUCGAGUUGAAUAGACGCCUUUGUGAUUUACUUUCUAAUUCUACGAGAAUUCAUCUGUCAUCGAUAUAUGACAAUAGUAGUCAUCGCAAUGAAGUUCCAUAUGUCGUACAAGAUUCUGUGAACAAUCUAUCACCUCCACCACCAUCAUCAACAACAGUAGCAUCUUCAUCAUUAUAUCUCACUUGUAAUACAAAUGGAUUUUACACAUAUGCUGAAGUGAAAGGCAUAUUGUUAUUUCUUAGUCAAAUCGGUACAAUCGUACACUUUAAACACCAUAAAGUCCUUAAAAAUAUUGUGUUUUUGUCACCUGUUUGGUUGUUGGAUAUAUUGUUGAAAUUGAUAACUAUCGUGCAUAAUGAACGACUAUUUGGUUCAUCUAAUAGGCAUUUAAUAAACGCUCUAUAUGAAUGCAAAUUUGCCAAUUCUUCAUCAAACAUUACUGAUCUACAGUAUAAUCAACUUACUGCUAGUCAAGAUAAUUAUGGUACUAAUGUUUAUGAUGAUGUUGUUGAUCCAUCUUGUUUGAAACGUAAUUCAGCUGUCAUCAAUUCGUCUUGUUUAAAAGAAUUAAUAAACUCUCUGAUGAACUCAGAUAUUUUUCUUGCAUAUUCAAACAGAAACUGGGAUGCUGUCGAAGGAGAUGUCUCAUUUAAAAGUAUAUGUAUCCCAUUACUUAAACAUUUGGAUUUAAUUAUAUCGAUUCGUGAUGACAGUUAUGAUGAUAACCAUUUUAAUUAUGGACAGUUUUUAAUACCAUCUCUACUAGCUGCACGUUGUUUUCAACCUAAUCUUUUACACUCUUACCUGCAACCAGCAGUAAUUAGAUACCAAAACGAUUUUUUGUCUACAGUACAAAAGCCUCAUUUCCGUUCUCAAUCAGUUGAUGUUUCCACUCAUCGAUCAUCAAAUGUAUACAACCGACAGAAGUUAAAUCAGCGCAUUAGUAUAAAUACGAAUAAUUACAACAGCAUGGAUAACACUGACAACUGUGUUGAUAACUGCAGUGACAGUAAUGACAUUAGUAAAAGUAAUAAUAAUGUUAGUAGUAAAGUGAAAGAAUACAGCACUACUUCGUCUCACCAACUUGUUUGGCAUGUUCAAACAUCAGCCAGCAAAGAAAUGGUACGUAUAUAUGCCCUUACCUAUAUACCACCAGGUUUUUGGGUACAGUUGAAUACAAGACUACUGAAUGAUUCAAGUUUACAAGGAAUUUGUGGACGCAUUUAUUCUCUGUCAAAGUUGCCACCUCAAUUGUUUGAACAAUUGAAUGGGAAAAAGCCUGAACAUUGUAAUAGUUCUACUAGGAUCUCUUUUAAUGGAGACAGUUGUGGAAGUGAUGUUGACGAUGUUAGUCAUAAAACAGGUAAUUUACCACCGUCACAGUUCAGCUUGAAACCUGAAUGGACAGUAUGGAGACGUGGUAUGCGUUUAUCACUUUGCCAUGGUCAAAUUGGUUUGGCGCGUUUACAGCAACUGACACGUGCAAACUGUGCAUUGUUAAGGAAUCAUUGUCUGAACCGAUCAAUUUCUAAGCCUAAUAAUCAAGUGUCAAACAAUUUACCUCCAUCAAUUCCCUCUUCUUCUCUAUGUAAAAAUGCAGCAUUGUUAACUUUAUUUCAUCAGAACCUUGAAGAAUGGGAUGAACCAUGUGCAACGGAAGGUGAAGAGGUGCUUACACGGAAUAAAAGAGUCAUUGCUGUUAAUAAUCAUACUAAUUGUUACAGUAAAGUUUCUUCAAUCACCUCUAAUACGAACUAUGGGGUUUAUCGUAGUGGUGUUGUUGAGGCGAUUAAACAUUCUUACGAAGGACGCCAUCUACGUUUAAUGAAUUGGGUAAAACAACCUCCAACUACGACAACAGCCAUGAUAUCCACUUCUUUAUCACCAUCAUCGUCGACAACAUUCAUAAAAACUCGAUUCACUUCUGAUAGAUCUAAUCAAGACUGUAGUUUGUCUUCAGUGAAAACUGCAUUUGAUUUUGCUUUACAAAGUAAUGGUUACUACAUUGAUCAAGAACAUGAUGCACUCCAAAAUUCAUGUCUUUUAGAAAUCUAUUUACCAAAUCUUAGUAUUUACUGGAAAUAUAAAUCAGCGGAUAAUUCUUCAACAUUCGAUUCUGAACAAUCAGAACCACUCAUUAAUGAUAACAAUCAUAGUCGUAUUGUUGAACAUUGUUUAAAUCCUGAUUAUCGUGCAAUCGCUGAACUGCUGACAAAAUUAGUGAAUCAUGUAGAUACACUAUUAGAGGAUUGGUAUCCUGAUCUUGGUGCCAGUUGA